CGGGGUGGGGGGGGUAGGGGUGGGGUCUCUGGUGACCCCGGCCCAGCGCAGACAGUCUGCGGAGCGGUCCAGUCCCGGCGGUGGCCUUCUGCGCCUGUCAUUGACCGUCAGCCGGCAGGCCUGGCCGCUCCCCCGAGGGGAGAACUUUUCAGGGCCAUGUCCAGGCCGAGCAGCGUCUCCCCGCGGCCGCCCGCGCCUCGCGGCGGGGGCGGCCCCGCUCCGUGCGGUCCUGGGGGCGGAGGCCGGGCCAAGGGGCUGAAGGACAUUCGUAUAGAUGAGGAGGUGAAGAUCGCAGUCAAUAUCGCUCUGGAGCGCUUCCGCUACGGGGACCAGAGAGAAAUGGAAUUUCCUUCCUCUUUGACCAGUACUGAAAGAGCCUUUAUUCAUCGAUUGAGUCAGUCUCUUGGUUUGGUUUCUAAAAGUAAAGGAAAGGGAGCAAAUAGAUACCUAACUGUGAAGAAGAAAGAUGGAUCAGAAACAGCUCAUGCAAUGAUGACCUGUAAUUUGACUCAUAAUACAAAACAUGCUGUUAGGAGCCUAAUUCAAAGAUUUCCUGUCACCAAUAAAGAGCGUACUGAACUUCUGCCUAAAACAGAAAGAGGAAAUGUGUUUGCAGUUGAAGCUGAAAACCGGGAAAUGAGCAAAACGAGUGGGCGACUCAACAAUGGCAUACCUCAGAUUCCAGUGAAAAGAGGAGAAUCUGAAUUUGAUUCUUUCAGGCAGUCUCUGCCAGUGUUUGAGAAACAAGAAGAAAUUGUUAAAAUAAUUAAAGAAAAUAAAGUAGUUUUGAUCGUAGGAGAAACUGGGUCUGGAAAGACUACACAGAUUCCUCAGUUCCUUUUAGAUGAUUGCUUUAAAAAUGGUAUCCCCUGCCGUAUAUUUUGUACCCAGCCAAGAAGGUUAGCAGCUAUUGCUGUGGCUGAAAGAGUUGCUGCAGAGAGAAGAGAAAGGAUUGGUCAAACGAUUGGAUAUCAGAUCCGAUUAGAAAGCAGGGUUUCUCCAAAGACACUUCUGACAUUUUGCACUAAUGGGGUAUUGCUUCGUACAUUGAUGGCGGGAGAUAGUACAUUGUCGACUGUGACACAUGUUAUUGUGGACGAAGUACAUGAAAGGGAUCGAUUUAGUGAUUUUUUACUUACAAAGUUAAGAGAUCUGUUGCAAAAGCACCCAACUUUGAAACUUAUUCUUUCUAGUGCCGCCUUGGAUGUAAAUCUUUUUAUAAGAUAUUUUGGAAGUUGCCCAGUGAUCUAUAUACAGGGAAGACCUUUUGAAGUAAAAGAAAUGUUUCUGGAAGACAUCUUAAGAACUACUGGAUACACAAACAAAGAAAUGUUAAAAUACAAAAAGGAAAAACAACGAGAAGAGAAGCAACAAACUACUCUUACAGAAUGGUAUUCGGCUCAAGAGAAUACAUUCAAGCCUGAAUCUCAGAGGCAGAGAACUGUUCCGAAUGUGACUGAAGAGUAUGAUUUGUUGGAUGAUGGUGGGGAUGCUGUCUUCAGCCAGUUGACAGAAAAAGAUGUGAAUUGCCUUGAACCAUGGUUAAUAAAGGAAAUGGAUGCUUGUCUUUCUGACAUAUGGCUACAUAAAGAUGUCGAUGCCUUCGCUCAGGUCUUUCACCUUAUUUUAACUGAAAAUGUUAGUGUUGAUUAUAGGCAUAGCGAAACCAGUGCAACAGCUCUGAUGGUUGCUGCUGGACGAGGUUUUUCAAGUCAAGUAGAGCAGUUAAUUAGCAUGGGAGCCAACGUGCACAGUAAAGCGUCAAAUGGCUGGAUGGCUUUAGAUUGGGCUAAACACUUUGGACAGACUGAAAUUGUGGAUCUUCUGGAAUCUUACAGUGCUUCACUGGAAUUUGGAAAUCUAGAUGAAAGUUCUCUGGUACACACAAAUGGGAGUGAACUCAGUGCAGAAGACAGAGAGCUCCUGAAAGCUUAUCAUCACAGUUUUGAUGAUGAAAAAGUAGACUUGGAUUUGAUCAUGCACCUUCUAUACAAUAUCUGCCAUGGUUGUGAUGCUGGAGCAAUAUUAAUUUUCCUGCCUGGAUAUGAUGAAAUUGUUGGACUGCGGGAUCGUAUCCUGUUUGAUGACAAGCGGUUUGCUGAUAACACACACAGAUAUCAAGUCUUUAUGCUUCAUUCAAAUAUGCAAACAUCUGAUCAAAAGAAGGUAUUGAAAAACCCGCCUGCUGGUGUUCGAAAAAUUAUCCUUUCCACCAAUAUUGCUGAAACCAGCAUCACAGUCAAUGAUGUUGUCUUUGUUAUUGAUUCUGGUAAGGUGAAAGAGAAAUCCUUUGAUGCACUGAAUUUUGUUACAAUGUUAAAAAUGGUGUGGAUAUCCAAAGCUAGUGCCAUACAACGAAAAGGCAGGGCAGGGAGAUGUAGACCUGGAAUUUGUUUCCGGCUGUUCAGCAGACUCCGAUUCCAGAAUAUGUUGGAAUUUCAGACUCCAGAACUUUUGAGAAUGCCAUUACAGGAACUUUGUUUACAUACUAAGCUGUUAGCCCCAGUUAAUUGUCCUAUUGCCGAUUUCCUAAUGAAAGCUCCUGAACCUCCACCUGCUUUAAUUGUAAGAAAUGCUGUACACAUGCUUAAGACAAUAGAUGCAAUGGACGCGUGGGAAGAUCUCACUGAGCUUGGGUAUCAUUUGGCUGACCUGCCCGUAGAACCACAUCUUGGAAAAAUGGUCCUGUGUGCUGUCGUGUUAAAGUGUCUGGACCCCAUCCUUACAAUUGCCUGCACCCUGGCCUAUCGAGACCCUUUUGUACUGCCAACCCAGGCCUCUCAAAAGCGCGCAGCUAUGCUCUGUAGGAAACGCUUCACUGCAGGAACUUUCAGUGACCACAUGGCACUUCUCAGAGCAUUCCAGGCAUGGCAGAAAGCACGAAGUGAUGGGUGGGAGCGAGCCUUUUGCGAAAAGAAUUUUCUUUCGCAAGCUACCAUGGAAAUAAUCAUUGGUAUGAGAACUCAGUUGCUUGGUCAACUUAGAGCAUCAGGUUUUGUUAGAGCACGAGGCGGUGGUGAUAUUCGAGAUGUUAACACAAAUUCCGAGAACUGGGCUGUCGUUAAAGCUGCAUUGGUGGCAGGCAUGUAUCCUAAUGUAGUCCAUGUGGACAGAGAGAAUGUACUACUGACAGGGCCAAAGGAGAAAAAAGUUCGGUUUCAUCCCACUUCAGUUCUCAGUCAGCCUCAGUAUAAAAAGAUUCCUCCAGCCAAUGGUCAGGCUGCAGCGAUUCAGGCACUACCUACAGAUUGGCUUAUUUAUGAUGAAAUGACCAGGGCCCAUAGAAUAGCUAAUAUUCGAUGUUGUUCAGCAGUGACACCCGUCACUAUAUUGGUGUUCUGUGGACCAGCUAGAUUGGCAAGUAACGCUCUUCAAGAACCUUCAUCAUUUCGAGCGGAUGGUGUUCCUAAUGACAGUAGUGAUAGUGAAAUGGAGGACAGAAUCACUGCUAAUUUGGCAGCUUUGAAACUUGAUGAGUGGCUCAAUUUCAAACUAGAGCCUGAGGCAGCCAGUUUAUUGCUGCAGCUCAGACAGAAGUGGCACAGCUUAUUUUUACGCCGAAUGAGAGCUCCAUCCAAACCUUGGUCUCAAGUUGAUGAAGCUACCAUAAGAGCAAUUAUAGCUGUUUUAAGCACUGAGGAACAGUGUGCAGGUUUACAGCAGCCGUCUGGGAUAGGCCAGAGGCCAAGGCCUAUGUCUUCAGAAGAACUUCCUUUGGCAUCAUCUUGGAGGUCCAAUAAUAGCAGGAAAACUUCCGCAGAUACUGAAUUUUCUGAUGAGUCUGCUACUGCAGAAAGAGUAUUGAUGAAAUCUCCAUCUCCAGCACUACACCCACCUCAGAAGUACAAAGAUAGAGGAAUUUUACAUCCUAAACGAAGCACUGAUGACCGAUCGGAUCAGUCUUCUGUGAAAUCUACAGACAGCAGUAGUUACCCAAGUCCUUGUGCCAGCCCUUCUCCUCCACCCUCAGGAAAGGGCUCAAAAUCUCCUUCACCAAGACCAAACAUGCCUAUUCGAUACUUCAUAAUGAAGAGUAGCAAUUUGAGAAACCUUGAAAUUUCUCAGCAGAAGGGUAUCUGGUCUACAACCCCUAGUAAUGAGCGGAAGCUAAAUCGAGCCUUUUGGGAAAGCAGCAUGGUUUACUUGGUAUUUUCUGUUCAAGGAUCUGGACAUUUCCAGGGAUUUUCUAGGAUGUCUUCGGAGAUAGGAAGGGAGAAGAGCCAGGACUGGGGCUCCGCUGGACUGGGAGGAGUGUUUAAGGUGGAGUGGGUCCGGAAGGAGAGUCUUCCCUUCCAGUUUGCACACCAUCUACUUAACCCCUGGAACGACAACAAGAAGGUCCAGAUCAGCAGAGACGGGCAGGAGCUCGAGCCUCAGGUUGGUGAACAGUUGCUCCAGUUAUGGGAACGCCUUCCGUCAGGAGAAAAAACCACGACUGAUUGACCUGAACUCAGAUCUUUUAACUACAGAAGAACAUUGCACCUACUUAUAACCACUGAAUGCACUGACUUCUAAAAACUGAGGUGGAGAUAGAUGUGUGUGAUGAAUGAAUGGGCUUUUCCGGCUUAAUGUUACUUUAGAACCACCAUCUUCAUAUAAAAGAGAAAAGGGUAAUUUAAAUUUUUAUAGUGAUCAUAAAGAAUGAUUAUGUAAUGUUUGUUAAUUAUAUGUUUAUACUUGAAUAAAAUAGUAGCAGGUAACACUAUUUGGCACAACAGCAGUUACUUGAAAAACAUACUUAAUUUAAAGUUAAACAUUUCGUUUGUUGAAAACACUGACUCAUAACUCUUAUUGAUGAUUUUUUUAAUGAAAAGUAAGUUGUUUCCUUUUAAGAAGGGCCUGUAUCAGUACCUCUGAGCACCAUUUUAGAAGAGCUAAAUAACUCUUAAGGUUUGUCAUUAAAAACAAUCCAAUUCUAAAAAUGUCCCUUUUACAAAUAGUGUGUGUUAAGGACUAUUCAUUCUGCCAUUUUAAACCUGAGCUACAUUACGAAAAAAAGGAGAGAUGUUCUUUUUUCUUUGAUUAUAAAGUGCAGUAAAAUCUGAAGAAAAUCAGGGUUCUUUCCUGUCUUUGACUGGAUCAGAUUUAGUGCUUAGUUUUAUUCCUGGUCCUGCAUCUUACCCCCUCCUCUCAUCUUACAACCUUCACACCUCUCUUACCUGAGCACGGUAAUUACGACCUCUCUGCUUUGGCUAGAGAAACUCAGCUUGGACAAGUUAAAAAUGUAAACAAAUGGUGCAUGUUACAACAAGUGCCCAGCAGUUAGCAGGAGCCUGGUUGGUGUAUGUCUUUCAAACAAAAGCCACACCACAAUUCAGCAUGCCUCCUGCUUGCUUUCCAGUACUUUUCAGGCUCCUUGCGUUUUUGGAUUUCUUACUGUUUUGCAUUUAUGGUUUAAUAAACGGGGGGGGGGGGUGUAAUUUUUGGUAAACCAGUGAUAGUGCCAGCUCUCCUGUUUCCUUGUCUUCUCAGGAUUAUUUGAUCUCUUUACCACCACUCUGUAAAGUUUCCCCAGUGGCUUUUUGAAGGAAUAUAGAGGUACAGGGAAAUACAGAAUGAAAGAAAUGUCUUGGUUAUUGAGCUCUAAAUAGAACAGCUUUGAUAGCACUUCUCAUGAUAUAUUUGGGUUAUUGAAGAAAAACCAACAUGAAUCUAAAGGCAAGAAGAAAACUCUUAAGGCUUUUUUGCUUCUGCAUUUGAAAAAAAAGAAGUGAAAAGUCCUGGGUCAACAUAAGAUCUUGGGAACCCGUCUUUCUCUUGGAAAGUAUGGUGUGUUGGUGCAGUAGUUUAGAAUGGCAGCUGUGAAUUUUGCCUGUGUUUGUCGUUACUGGCUUUUUGUUGGUUUGUUUUAUACUUUGAGAUACACUUGUAAAUUGAGCCUAUGUGAAUUAUGUUCUGCUGUAUGUGUAUUACAGGUUUUUUUUCCCUAUUAGAGCAACUUGUGUUUUUUUUCUCCUGAUACUGUAUAUACAUUUUGUUUGGGUAUAUAUUUAACAGUUUAUGGUAUUCUAAAUUUGGAAGUGAGAACUUUUAAAAAAUAAAACUUGUUUUAAUGUCCUUCUGUUUUCUAAUAUCUAGCCCUGUAUGUAAAUGAUGAGUUUGUUGAUAUUUAAAAUGAACACAAUUUGAAUGUAAUUAAAAUGCUGUUUUUGGAAGAGAUGAACUUUAAAUAUACUUAUUAAAUGAAAUUCUGUUAAAUUA